AUGGACGUGACGGAAGCGUCGCCGCUGCUUGGCCCUGACGGCCUCGAGAAGGCGUCUACCUCGGUCCUCCGCGAUGAGCUCGCGCAGCUCCUCACGCUCAUGUACCCCGUGACGUUGACGUUCUUCCUCGAGUAUGCGCCCGGCAUUGCGACGCUGCUGCUCGUGGGCCACUACCACGACCCGAUCGAUGCGUCCAAGGAUAAGCUCCUCCUCGACGCAGCGGCGAUGGCGAUCAUGUACCUCAACCUCACGGGGCUCACGAUCGGCCUCGGGCUUGCGUCUGCGAUGGAUACGCUCUGCUCGCAAGCCUUUGGCGCCCACAAGCUGCAUGAGAUCGGUAUCUUCUUCCAGACCGGCGUCCUCGUGCUCGGCGCCGCCAUGGUGCCCAUCGCGCUUCUCAACUGGAACUGCGCGGCCAUGCUCGUCUGGUGGCGCCAACCCGAAGACAUUGCCGCCGACGCCGGCGAGUUUACGCAAAUCAUGCUGCUCGGCUUACCCUUCCUCUUCCUUUACGAGCUCCUCAAGAAGGUGCUGCAAGCCCAAAACAUUGUGCUCCCGAUGCUCUACUGCGCGAUCGCGGCCAACCUCCUCAAUAUCGGCCUUGGCUAUAUCUUGGUGUACCACACGUCGCUCGGAUACGUCGGCGCCGCCGUCGCCCGGAGCGUCGCCAACGCCUGUUUGCCCGCGACGCUGCUCUU